GCUUGCAAAGAAGAAACAAUGCAGGUUGGACUGAACGCGACAACAUAACAACGCUUUGGUAACCUUUCGUGCAUUAACAUUGGAUUCAUUCCGAAGCUGAGGAUCAUGGAGCUUGACGGUCAGUCGGUCAACGAUCUGUUUGUUUCUAAAGGAGAUUUGUCUCUAACUUUGGAGCAUGUGGCUCCUGCAGAAACAGCAUUAGAUCACACGGUACAGGACAUCACAGAACAGAUCAUUGGUCUUGGAGAGGAGAAACUGGACCUUUAUGUCCCAUCAGAAGCGAUAAUUGAACCAAUAUCCCCAGCAGAGAUAAUACCAGAAGAAAGUGCACUUGUAAUUUCAACAUACGAGUCGACAGAAAAUUCAAUGACUAAUCAUCCUUAUCAGUCAAACGUUUCAUCGGAUCCAGUUCUGCCAAAUGAGUUAGUCAGCAGUUCAAUAUCAGACUCAAAUCCUAGUGAAGCAACAGAGGAUUCAGCAGCCAGGAUAGCUAUUUCUCCAUCAUGUGACCUGUCCCUUGGAGACCUGACAUCUGCCCCUACAGCUCCUGGAGAGACAGGAAUCUCUAAAAAAUAUACAAGUGUCAGAAAAUUUAUCCCACCCAAGAAGGACAGAAUGGACCCACUAAAAAUGGAUAUGUCGAAGCCUACAGUGAUCCCGCUCACCUCAUCUCAGUUCUCACUUCAAUGUCUGGAGUGUCACAUCAUCUUCAGCGACGACAAGAGUAAACGACGUCACCUCAAAAUGAACCACCCAACUGAGUAUGAGCAGUGCAUGCUUGGAGAUGCAUUGUUUGCAUGCUAUGUGUGUGAUCGACAUUUUACCUGCUCAACGGAGCUCCUGGCACAUCAGCGUGCUCACACGGAGAAGCAGCCCUUUAAGUGCCCCAUUUGUGGAGAAGCCUUCAGCCGAUCAUCUGAGCUUACAAGCCAUAAGAAGGUACACUAUAAUAAACAGGGUUAUACCUGCUCGGACUGCGGCAAGCACUUCAAAACCCUUACUUUGCUUAAGUACCACCAACGUGUACAUACUGGAGAAAGGCCAUACGUUUGCCUACAUAAAGAGUGUGGAAAGAGAUUUACUAUGCCCAAAUCUCUCCAGAAGCACCUGGAAGCACAUGAAAAGGAGGAGCUUGAAGGUGUAGAAAACCUGACUACUGCUAAAUGCAAAACAAGAAUAAAGAGGAGUAUGGGUUCAUCCACUAGGAAAUAUGCAUGUCUACAAUGCAGUGAAUAUUUCAAGACUGCCAAAUCAAUGGUGCACCACAAUAAGACAAAGCACUCACAGUGCUUGUCCGUUACACCAUCCAACAGUGCUGUGGCAGCAGGAAGCCCAUGUGUUGCCACUCUGACUGAAGUAGUUCAACUCCCUUUACCACAUUUGGGCACCAAUGGACAAGCAGCACAGCAAAUAAGCACACUUGAAGUUGAACAGAUUAAAAGACUGAUAGAAAAAAUGGGAAACGUCCAAAAAGUAAAUCAGCUGGUCAUUCUUGGUCUCGAUCAGUUAUCUUUACAGUCACAAAAUGCUGGAAUACAACCACCACAAGGACUCAUGCAACCGUUGCAUUUUGACUUCACACAGCCAACAGUUCAACAAACUGUACUACAGCCAGUAUUUGACAGGACAGGACAUGAAGGAACAACAUCAGCUAUAAAUGAGCAAGAAACAUUAUUGAAAUCAUUAGAGGUUGACGUUGCUGUUGAACAAAAUAAAACUGAGGUCCAGGGUGAGCCAACUGUUUCUGCAGAGUGUCCAGAGAAACAGGUGACAGUUGUUGAAUCAAACCGUACAGGAGAACAGGAAAACGAUGUUCAGUAUGAACCUCUGCCAGAACUAACUGGACAGGACAUUUUACGUCCUCAGUUGGAGGCCAGUCAUACAACAGAGGAGCAACAGUGUCAACAAGCAAUAGAUGUAAAAACUCCUGAAACGGGGAAUGAUUCCUGUUUGACUUUGAUAGCUGAUUUUGAAAGUAGAGUAACAAGUAAGAAGGCAACAGAUAUCACAGUGUUCGAGAAUGUCACCACAAAUUCAGAGCCAAGUCAAAUGGCCUCCGAGGGUGUAGAUUCAUUAAUAGAACCUGAGACCCAAACUGUUCAGGGGAAUGUAGUUAGGCCUGAUAUGACCAACACCAGUGCAGAUCCUCUGACUCUAAAGGCAUCUGAGGGACUAUGUUCAUCAGUAGAACCUGAGCCACAAACUGGGAAGGAGAAUUUAGAUCAGUUUGAUCAGCCAGUGAAGACCAGUGACGAUGCAGAGUCCCAAUGUCAAAAGGAAAUGGAGGCAACCGAUUCAGUAUUAGAACCUCAACCAAAAAACGAGCAAAAUCCUUAUCUUGAUAAUGCUCGAGAGAUUGAAGCUCAGAUAGAGCAACGGCAUUUGAGUGAAAUUCUGUCAUCAGAAGAUCAAGUAAUAAAGGCGAGUAAACCAUCUCUUUGCAAUGGACAGCAUGAUCAAGACAUUUCUCACUCGGAGCAUGGACCCUAUAGUGAAUCCAGUGUACAGCAGAGCAGAGUGGAUCCCCAAGGCCAGACUGAUUUGGGAGAAGACUUCCUGUACAUUCAGAAAAAACUGCCAAUAAAGAAAAAAAGUUCCAAAAAACAGGUGAAACCUAAAUCCCAGUACUUAGAAAAUCAGGAUGAAGUUGCAAAAAGUGCGUUGCCCAUAACACCUAAUAAAAAAAUCAGAACUGGAUCAAAGACACCAAAAAAACAAGAGAAGACAAAGAAGCGUUUUGGAUCUAAACAAAAUAAGAAAAAAUAUUCAAAGAAAAAACUGUUAAAUAUAUCCAAAGCCAGUCUAUAUAAUGAUCAACAAGACACUGAUCCAGAAAUUGUGUCCCACAAUAACAUUGAAAAGUUGAAGCAGAAAUGUAAAAAAGGAAGGAAAGCUGAAAAGUCUCCUGGAAUCAUCCAGGCCCUUAAACUCCCCGGUGAAAAUAAAAUGAAAGUGUCACAACAAGCAGAUCGAGGGAAACCUCAGAAAAGAAAGUUUGAAAACCAAAGAGAUUUGGUAAAGAAAGGAAAGUGUACUCAGGAGACCCAGCAAGAGGAGACUUCUGUGCCAAAAAAGAAAAAGCCAGGCAAAAUUACUGGAGCAACUUCCCCAAAAAAAGCAAAGGAUAACAUCAUAGUGAAUAAAGUAAAUAAGAAAAGCCACAAGAAGUUAGCAAAACAAAGGGAGAACGAGAAAAAUGUGUCCGACACCCCGGUCAUAGAUCAAAUAAAGCAACAGGCCUUGCUUUUGCUGAAAGGUCAUAAGCAGCCACAGCUUAAGGUGCACAAACUAGAUGCUAAGACCACAGGAUUAGACCACCAACUAAUACAUAAAUGUCAAACCAAAGAAAUCCAUGGUCAUGAGACUACAGUGGAUCAAGCAAAGGUGGAGAUACAAAAUGAACCACUGCAAGCACCUAGUCAAAGAAAAAAAAAAGAAAAAACACUGGGAAAGAAAUCCAAAUUAGGUUCAAAGCAAUCUUCUCCGUUGCAAACAUCUAUUAAAGGUGACAUCCCAUCUGGUGUAAAACAAAAAGUUGCGAGAAAGCGUAAAGCUUCUGCAAAAAUAGAUCAAGAAAUUGCAUUGAGCCCUCCGUUUUCUCGGAUCAUAAUCGGAUGUCACGAUUGUGGAAAGAGCUAUUCUGAGGUGUCAGCUUUACAAGAGCACAUGGCAUCGAUGCAUUCUGAAAACGGAGCCCACCGGGCUGUUGUACCCUGCGAUGUUGAAAUGCCAACAGUUCGCCUAAGACCGAAUGAAAUAAUGCUGACAAAUGCAGUCCACUCAAGUGGCUUUGAAAUAAAUGUACCAACAGACUGGGAUGUGGAGUCGGAAAUGAGAGAGAUUGGUUUGGGGGAUAAACACGGGAAUGAGCACAGGCUUUCAUUCCCAGCCCUCAAUCCUUCCCCUUCUUUUCCAACGACAACAACUUUUGUUGAAGAAGGGGGUAAACAGGUUGACAUUCUAGGUCAAGAUUCUUUGCUUGGACAUAAAAAGGCAGUUGGUAAAAAUUCUGCCUGUCAUGUAGAAACAACUGAAUCGAAGGUCACAGAACAGGAUGUACACUCCUUUCCACCAGUCUCGUUGUCUGAACCGAAGAAAAUCAUGGAAGAGAAAGAGGCAUUGCCCUCAGCUGUGAAUUUAGUCAGGAUUGAGGAGCAAAAUGGAGAAAGUUCCCAAUUACCCACAAAGUCAUGUAGCUCCCACAAUGUCUCUGAUCCACACGAAGGGGAAACAAGCCACAACACACUCAGUCCCAGUCCAUCAUGUGUUCAGAACCAGCUGCCUACAAAACCUGUGAAUCCAGCAUCCACUUACACUGCUGGAGCUUCCGAAAGAAAACAGACCGAUAUUAAGCAAGAGGCAGAUGAGAUAGUUGUUCAGACAGUAGCAAGCCAAACGAACACUUCAAUGACAAAAGGUAAAAGAGGACGAGGAAGCAAAGGUAGGGGAAAGAGACAAUUCGGAAAAAGGCGUUCUGCUGAAAACAGACAUACAGAAGAGACGGCAGCCAAUGAAGAAGACUGUCAGGUUGUCUUUGAGCUUUAUUCACUCACAGAUAGCAAUGAGGAAAAGAAAGAAGAAAUACUCAAAAACAGAAAAGCCGUUAAUGCCACCGCAGCUUCCGUACUCCCAGUCACGAAGGACUCUUCACAAGUUCCGGACGUAUACAUGUUACCACAACCGGUAACUGCAAACGAUUCGGAGCUGAUGACAUCAGAAAAUGGUUCCCUAACGCAAACGUCUGAAGAACAUGACAAGAACAGUAGCUCAAGUAGCUUAAGGAAGGAGAGAAUCUCUGUGGGUGGAAUGAGCGGACAGGGCAAUCUACAGUCAGAUAAUGGAUUAUCUUCUGCUGGCACCUCAACUGUUGUGAAAAUAGAAGCCAGUCCAUCUGUUCUCACACCUCAUGAUGUCCAGGCUAAUGAUGUAGAUCUUUUACAAGGAGUCCAGAUGAUUUUGGUCAAAGCAGAGGAUCAGCAAAUUUCAAACGAUCCCCAGAUUUUACAGGAAGAUGAAGCUAUGCAAAUUCAUCUCAAUGCAUGUCUAGAAAAACACCCGGACCGUUCCACAUUUGGAAUUUCUUCUGGUUCUCCUACAGUCUCUCAGUCUACUGCCAAGCACUGUAUUUUCUACCCUGUAAAGGAGGAAGAGAGGGAGAUGUUGGUGGAGCCUCAAGUUAAUAACCAAGGGACCUCAGGUUCAGAAGUGUUGGAAGAUAGGACAGGACCAUGGGGUGCACCUGGAUUAGAAGAGUCUGAGAUCAGGAUAGGAUGCGCACAAAUGGAAAUGCACCAUAAUUUAUUCUCCAGUACUGAAGAGAGCAGUGUUGGAGCUGAGCAACAGAGUACAGAAGACGUUCUAGAAUUCCUUUCCCACACGUCAGAUAUGGAGGACACCGAUAGUGUCAAUUCUGAGCCAGAAGCUGAAACUCAUAUCUUGUCUUGUUACCAUGGUGUCUAUUCCAAAGGAAUAGUGCUACAGUGUGAAACGGCAAGCCUGGAGCAGCAUGCAAAAAUGCCUAAAAAUGCAGGUUGUCCUGAAGCAAACGACCAACCGACAGGCUGUAAAGGACGUUGUGAACCCAUAGACUACUUCGUUCAGUAUUUUAGUUGGAGUCUAUGGAAAGAUAUUGCAGCUUGCACGCAGCAAGUGUCAAAAUCGCCAAAGCCUGUUACUGAAAAGGAGGUGGCUCAAUUUGUAGGAAUCCACAUUGCAAUGGGAACCCUAAAGUUUCCAUGUAUGAAGCUGUACUGGGAUGAUUUCACCCGAGUGCCAUUGAUUGCUGAUGCCAUGUCUGCAGCCAUGUUUUCUGAACUUGCAUCUAAUCUAAGAUUGGCCAGUCUUAGAGGGGACAGGCCAAACUGGAACGGACAGGAUGCAUGUAAGGAUCAAAAUGCACAUAAUUGCACAGAUAUUUUGGUAUCAAAGAAAGAUCCCCUUUGGAAGGUUCAGGCAAUAGUGAACAGAGUUCGAGAAGGGUGUCAAGCACUUAAACGGAACGGAAAUUAUGGAGUUGAUCAGUAUCUCCUUCCUUUUCAGAGAAACCCAACACACUCAUUACAUCACACAGUCAUGAUAAAUGCUGCUGGAUUGGUCAUGGACUUUAAUUUGCGUGUCGGUGACUGUAACACAGAGGAAAUCGUUGAGAAAAUGGUUUCUCGGGAUAAAAGUGAUAAUCAAGGAGUGGUUUUUCUUUGCAAGCCAGAGCUAUCGACACCUUCCAUGUUGGAGCAUCUCCUAGAGGCUGGAGUGCGCAGUGCUGGCAAGGUUGGUGGUGCUAGGGGACAAAUAGGUGACGAGUUUGUCACUUCUGAUGGGAAACUAAAACUGUUCAGAUGCCAUCAUGGCUUUAUCCUCUCAGCAGUAACAAAGGAAAGGUCUCGCUCGACAUCGCUCGUCAGUGGUUUUGAGAGGGCAAUCAAAGCAGCGAACCUGAACAGAGAUUUGAGAAGCCUUUAUCGUACACCAUGCACAAGCUCAUCACCCAGUGCCUGGCCUCAGUCUGUACUUUGGGACCUUAUUGAUCUGACAUUAGUUAAUUCUUGGCUACAGUACAAGCAAGAACAAACCCAUCAAUCAGAGCCAUUAUCACUUAUGGCAUUCCGAUUGGAAGUUUCCAAAGCUUUAAUUAGAUCCAGCAAUAUUGCUGUGCAAGACUCCUCACCCCCUUAUCUUCCACCACCAGUACGGCCUGGAUCAAAUGCAUCCACGGGACAUUCAGAUGUCAUUGAGACCCCUUUACCUGAUGCAGCCACUCGAUAUGAUGGUUUGGGCCACUGGCCAGAACAACUUUCUGAGGGUGAAGAGUCUAGGUGUAGAUUUGGAGGUUGCCAGCAAAUGUCUAGAGUAAGGUGUCUCAAAUGCUGUGUUUUUCUUUGUAUUUCUCGUCAUCACAACUGCUUCAUUAAGUUUCACAGUCAAGGAACUACAUGAAUCUGCUCUUUUUACGGCCAUAUUAAACCAACGAGUUUUAUUCAUAUUUAUCACCAAGAUUUGUUAUUUAGUGUUAACUGGUGUAGGACAGUUUAUCUGGUGUAAGUAAUAGUUUGCUUUAUGAUUGUUUACAAAAAAAAACUUCCAUUUGCUCAUCUUGUUUGCAGUAGAAUUGUAAUACUUUAUUCCAAGACUUGGUUGAAUAUAACUGAAGUUUCUACUUCUGCGAAGGGGACUGGCACAAGUGUUACUAAGCACAUCCAUCCCUCUGCUUUAACAGUUGUAGCCUAUCCUUGGUACAUGUAAGUAUUUAGCAUGAACGAGUGGAUUUAUGAAUUAUUAUUGCCACCAUGUAUCUAAUAAUCUUCCGCCAUUU